AUGGCUGUCGGCACAAGGGGAGUGGUGCAGGUUGUCCUCACAACGGUUACAGUGGCCACUGCUUUGUCGGCGUUCGCCUUCUCAUUUUUCUUCGAGCAGUACAUGACUGACCUAUAUGAGAACAUGAGGGGCCCGGUGACUACCCAUGGGGGCAAAGCGUACCUACCAUGCGUCAGAGCCGUCUUGGACGGAUGUUCGAGCAAUGAGCAUGAUCAGUGCGAGACAGGGUGCUGCCCUGCUGGGUACGAGUGCCUUAUCCACCCGAUAGUGGGCUUGUACUGCCAGGAUCUGCAAACAGUGUGCGGUGACAGGAAAUUCUGCAUGGACUAUGCGGACAUAUUGGAGACAUGUCCGACAGAUACUUGUGCGAGUCACCAGAUGGCGAUGCGGGCCACCAUGUGGUCAUACAUUCUCUCUGCUAUUGGUAUUUUAUUUGACCUCUCGGAUAUCAUCGCCUUCAUCCGAUGUCCAGACAGCAUCAUGGUCAAGAGCUCCAUCAACAUGAUCUCCAGCUUGAUAAAGUGGGCCGCGUUCGGCGCAGUGCUUGGGGCCGGAGUUCCCAACUUCCUGGCGGAUUUGGAAACCGCAUCGUGCUUCAACAAGGACGGCGUGCAGCUCGUGGGCGAGAGUAUGGGCGUCUUCGUCGUGUUCGCCAUCGUCCAGGUGACCAGCGCCAUCCUGAGUCUCACCCUGGCGCCCUUCUCGGCCUACUGGGGUGGCAAGCUUAUCGGCGUGCCCUACGCCAAGUGA